CAGGGACCGGCGGAGCCCUGUUCACGGUGCGGGGGCCCGGGAGGACCGGACGGAUGGGCAGCGGCUGGCGAGGCUGUCCACGCGCCCCUGCCCGCCGGGGCCCCCCCUGCCAUGGCCAUCGUGCAGACGCUGCCAGUGCCCCUUGAGGCUGUUGCCGAGGGGGCCGCACAGCUCCGCACCACCGCCUGCUCCCCCCCCGCCGCCAUGGGCAGCGUGGGCAGCCUCCUGCCCGUCCGGCCUCGCCACGACUGCGCAACUGAUGGGGACCCCUCCACCGCCUCCUUCUGCAAGCAGGACGGGCUACUGCGGGCCAUGCCUGAGGAGCCCCGCGUGUCUGUGCCCGGUGCCACCCACUCCUAUGCCAAUGGGGGCUUCUGUGGCGACUGGCUCGAUGCCUCCUCUCCUGCCAGCCCCUGUAGCGACUCAGAUGAUCUCCGUGAUGACCAAGCACCAAGCGAUCACCUUCGGGGGCCUCCCCCCAAGCUUGUACCUGUCUCUGGCAAGCUGGAAGAGAACGUGGAGAAGACCCUGAUCCGCCCCAUGGCCUUCAAGCCAGUGGUUUCCAAGCUUCGGAAUGCCCAGCCAUGCACGCGCCUGGGGCUCUCGGAGAGCCAGGUGAACCUCACCCACUUGCUGGGUGCUGAGAAGCCUGGCUCUCUGAGCUGCCGUGCCAGCACCCUCUCAGACUCAGGGCGCAACUCCCUCUCCAGCCUGCCCACCUACAGCACGGGCUGCAGCCAGCACCCAGAGGUGGGUGCCCUGCCCACCACCCCUCACGGCCCCCUCGACCCUCUGGGAACCUGCCGCCCCUCCAACUCGGACAGCGGGCGCUCAUCCUCCAGCAAGAGCACGGGCUCGCUGAGCGGCCGGGGCCGGCCCUCCUCGGAGAGUGGCUCCUGUGGGCGCUCUCCGCUGCCUGGCGAGGAGGCCAUGCUGGUGCGGGAGCUGGAGGACAAGCUGCGGGAGAGGGAGGCCGAGCUGCGGCUCCUGCGCGACAGCCUGGAUGAAAACGAGGUGGCCAUCUGCCAGGUGUUUGAGGAGAAGCAGCGUCGGUGUGAGCAGGAGCUGGAGGGGCUGCGGCAGCGCUGUGCCGCCCAGGCGCGGCAGGCGGCCCAUGCAGCACAUCGGGGGCAGCAGGUCCUGCAGCUCCAGGUGCUGCAGCUGCAGCAGGAGAAGAAACAGCUGCAGGAGGACUUGACCCAGCUGCUGCAGGAGCGUGAACUGCUGGAGCGUCGCUGUGCCUCCUUCCAGCGGGAGCGCACUGAGUUGGCACCCCGGCUGGAGGAGACCAAGUGGGAGGUGUGCCAGAAGUCGGGGGAGAUCUCUCUGCUGAAGCAGCAGCUGAAGGAGGCGCAGGCGGAGCUGGCGCAGCGGGGCGCCGAGCUGCUGGGGCUGCGCGCUCAGCUGCGGGAGGCGCGGGCGCAGCUGCAGGCGGGCGAGCGGCGGCCCCUGGUGGGGCUGCGGGAGGCUGCCCGCGGGCGAUGCCCGCCAGGCACUGGUGAAGGUUGCCCCCCACCCGGUGAAGGAUGCCCCUCGGCCAGCGAGGAGCCGCGGGGCAGCGCGGGGCUGCGGCGCCAGCGGCGGCGCGGGCAGGAGCAGCGGGACGCCUUCGAGCAGGAGCGCGGCACGUGGCAGGGCGAGAAGGAGCGGGUCAUCCGCUACCAGAAGCAGCUGCAGUACAGCUACAUCCAGAUGUACCGGCGCAACCGGCGGCUCGAGCAGCGGCUCCAGCAGCUUCGGCUCCAGGGCGAGGACCCCCUGCCCGAGCCCUGCGACCCACCUGACCUGCCCUUUGAGGAGAUAACAGCCACCGAGAUAUGACGUGCUGCUUGCCCUUGCCCCAUGCUUGGAGGGCUGAAGGGGCUUCCAGCCCCUGUGAUUUUGGGAGCUGUGGGGUUGUGAGGGGCCCCUGCUCUCCUCCAGCUCUGCAAACUGCUGCCACUGUGAAGGGGCAGGGGAGACCGCAGGUGCUGCCCCCUCCCCAGCAUUGAGGUCUUGGGGCGAGGGUGUAUCGGUGCCCACAGUGAGGGGUGCCUGUGAGAUGUGGGGUCAGGUGGGUGCUGAGUCCUGGCCUUGGGGCCGCCCGGAACUGGUUUCUGCUGAUCCUCUUAGCUCCUGGGGAUUAGCCGCACUGGCUUCAGCCAGGGUCACCUUGGGCAGGGGGAGGGCUGAUUUGUCCCCUCCCUCUCAUCCCUGCUGGCACUGUCACCCAGUCACUUGGCGUGUGCCCUGUCUCUGUCCAUGCCAGCCUCCCUCGUGCCCCUUUGUGUGUUUGUCAGGGAAUUUGUUUCUGUGCCAUUUUAAAUAACUCUAUUUUUAUAGGACCUACCAAAACAUAUCACCCUCUCCCAGCUCACACCUCACCAGUCUGUGCCCCCUCACCCCUGCCACGGGGCAGCUUGCCCUCAGUGCCUUUCCCAUGCUCUUGCCCCCAGCAUCCCUCUGUUUCCCCCCCAAAAAGCCCACGCCUCUGUGAUACCCAGCCUGACAGGGGAGAGGGGCGUGGUGCUCCAUGUGCCAGCUGGGGACACCCUGGGGACACCCCUGGGGAUGGGCAGAGGUGGGGGCCCUGAUGGGCACCCAUGGGGGUCAAACCAAAGGAAAAGUCUGGCUGUGCCCAGCUGUGGCUUGGUCACCCCUGGCUCCAGGGGGGGAUUUUUGUACUUUAUUUCAGUCAUGUCUCGUUCCCAGAGCCUGGCUCAUCCGUGUACCACCCAGAAACGGCAAUUAAAAACAAGCCCGUGGCUGUGUUUUU